UAUACACCGUGGCAACACAAAGUGGAUUUUACACUCGAAACAACCUCGUUAGUGAUUUUGCGUUUCAAGCACAACAUCCUUGGCAUCAACGUGCACACAUAGAACUCGGACUCCCAUCAUCCCUUGCGUGUGUAUUUACAGUAGGAGCCGAUCUACUGUUUCUGCUGACUGCUAGCCGACUGCAGGCGAGUCUCACUUCCUUUCUUUGACGGGACAGGUCUCCUCUUCCCGGCCGAGAUCAUAUGGGACCUCGGUAUCAUGUGCUGAAGAACAGUUUGUUGUGAGCUGUGUUUGAGGGCAGCAGAAAUGAAGGCUGGAGGCAGGAACGAGAUUUUGGACAGAGCCGCAGCUGUCUGCAUCCUAACGCUGUGUUUUGGCUGCUUGCACGUGAUCGCCCUCAAAUCACAACUUUUUACCAGACUCGGUGGCUUACCGUCCUCCACUGAGUUCCCCAUCAACUAUAAAACACUCUACUUUGACCAGAAGAUUGAUCAUUUUGGAUUCUUGGAGGACGGCACCUUCAAACAGAGAUACCUGGUGGCAGACAAACACUGGAAGCAGCCCGAUGGACCCAUUUUGUUCUACACGGGCAAUGAAGGCGACAUCACCUGGUUCUGCAACAAUACUGGCUUCAUGUGGGAAAUUGCAGAGGAGUUUGGCGCCAUGCUGGUUUUUGCAGAACAUCGUUACUAUGGUGAAUCCCUGCCAUUUGGACAAGACUCUUACAGUGACAGCAAACACCUGAACUACCUGACCUCGGAGCAGGCUUUGGCAGAUUUUGCAGUACUGAUUCAAAACCUGAAGAACACUAUACCUAGAGCCGUGCACAGCCCUGUCAUCGCCAUUGGAGGUUCCUACGGAGGGAUGCUCGCUGCCUGGUUCAGGAUGAAAUACCCCAAUGUAGUUCUUGGAGCCUUGGCAGCCUCAGCACCAAUAUGGCAGUUCCCUGAUAUGGUGCCAUGUGGAGAUUUCUACAAAAUAGUAACACAGGACUUUGCCAGAAGUGGCCAUAACUGUGAUGCAAACAUUAGAAAGUCGUGGAAAGCUAUCAAUAACGUCACUUCCACUGCGUCUGGUCUUCAGUGGCUGUCAGAGGAAUUCAGUUUGUGUGCCCCUCUUAAAAGCGUGAUGGAUAUUGCCAUCUUCAAGAACUGGCUUCAGGAGACUUGGGUGAACCUGGCUAUGGUGGACUACCCCUACGAAGCUAAUUUCCUCCAGCCACUGCCUCCCUGGCCAAUCCAGGUGGUGUGCAAGUAUCUUGGUUUCGAUCCCACUGUGUCAGACUACCAGCUACUGCAUGGUGUCUCCCAAGCGGCAAAGGUCUACUAUAACUACACCGGAAGCUCUUCCUGUCUAAACAUAUCUCAGACAGCAACUGGCAGCCUCGGCCUUCUCGGCUGGUUUUACCAGGCCUGCACAGAGAUGGUGAUGCCCAUGUGCACAGAUGGUGUCCAGGACAUGUUUGAACCCGAGGAGUGGAACUUCCAGGCCUUCUCUGAUGAGUGUAAUGCAAUGUUUGGUGUCAGGCCACGAGCUGACUGGGCAGGCAUAGUGUACGGGGGGAAGGACAUCAUCGCUCACAGCAACAUUAUCUUCAGUAACGGAGGCCUUGAUCCGUGGUCGGCUGGUGGAGUGACUUACAACAUAACAGAUUCUCUCAUUUCCAUUAUGAUUCCUGACGGAGCCCAUCACCUGGACCUCCGCUACAGCAACGACAAUGACCCUCCUUCAGUCCGCGAGGCUCGAGCGUUAGAGGUGAAGUAUUUUAGGGAGUGGAUCAAUCACGCACCAAAGACACCCCGAACUGCACCAACCCCUUAGUCUCUAAAAGCAGCAAAAUGUUAGGGACGAGGAUGCUUAGGGUUUAGCUUUAAUUAGCAUGAUGUGGUAUCUCACAGGGUGCUCUCUCAGUCAUUUUGCCAAAGUGUGUCCUUUCAGUGUUGGAGAUGCUUUUUUAAACCUUAAAUUAAUACAUUUUUAUUUAAAAUUUUCACUCUUGAUUUCAGUAACAAUGUCAAUCAUUUAAGAGUUUUUUUUUUUGUUUUUUUAUUUUAAUUUCAAUCACAUAGCCAUGUUCAGUGCUGGAGUAUCAGAGUACAGUUUUCUUUGACACACUCCAUUUCCUUAUGCCAAGCUAUACAUUUCCAAGAGCUGGGAGACAGAAAGGUACUGUAUUAUGAGCAAGAAUGAGAUCUGUUUGUGAAGUAAAAGCAAUUGAUCACAAUGUAGUUCUGUAAAUAUCUUAGUUUGUUCAUGCUAUCACAUUAUCAUCAUCAAAAGACGCGAUCGUCCUCAUUUAGUUUUUUCUCACAUAUGAAGUUUGCCAAAACCCACUGAGGCCUCUCUGCUUCCGAGCUCAUGUUUUUUUUUUUCCUCAGUCAGUGCUGACAAUCAGGGCAACUGUUAUUCACAUCUUUGAUGUCAUAUUUGUCAUUAAGUGUGAUUGUUACAAAUUGAAACCCCUUAAGUUUUUUGUCAUCAUUCUUGGUGAUUAGCCAUUGUUGUCAUUCAGGUGUAUUUGUUCUUUCAAAAUGAGUAUACAUCGAAAUAUGCUUCUUAACACUUAAAUAAAUCUCAGGAGAAAAGUUUGGCACCAAAUAUAAAGAAAAUCCAUUUUUUGAAGAA